AUGGAAGCCCCGGGAACCGAUGGUUCUGCGGAGCAUACCAUUCUCGCCCCUGGAGCCUCCACAACAACCCUAACUCCAUCCCAACUACAUGCUCUCUUCGAUAUCCUCACCCAUCACGAAACCUACGCCGAGGUGGAAAGCUUCAAGGACCCCCGUGCCAUAUCCGAGUAUGGGUAUCCGUUUGCUCGCCGCUCCUCCGAAGCCGGUAGCGCGCCGUCAUACGCCGUAAACUCGGCAGCGCCAUUACUCGCCGACUUCCUACGGAGCGUUGUGUUACCGUUCCCCGGCGUUCGAGAUCUGCCUGCCGAGUUUUGGCACGUAAGAUUCCAGGGCAUCCUUGAGAAGCUUGCGGAGGCGGAACUUUCGGAAUCAUACGACAAAGGUGUGUUGGGCACUCGGAAGACGCUGGCUACUGCGUCCUCGGCGAUCCACGAAGCCGUUUCGAGGGGAAUCCUCGGGGGGGUUGAAAAUGGCGCAAACCGAAACCUCCAUGGAGAGUAUGACAGGUCCGAAGCCCAAGACCUGGCCCGAGCAUGGGAGGACGGCGUACAUGAACUCGUUUAUGGGGAUUUGAUCGAUGAACUAUUCAAUUGCGCGGCCGAGAAGAACAGUCUUGAGGAGCACUCCCCAGCGGUCCAGGCUGCUGCAGACUACAUCAUACUCCAGGCCUUAUCUGUUGAAGCUGCUGGAGAACGUCCACAAGCUGCUACCAUUAACUUCCGCAGGAUCGUUUGGUUAGUGUUGUCCUGGGAUGCUUCUGAGUUUCGCAAAUCCGCCGAUGCCAUCGAGAAAGCAAAAGGGGCUUCGAAAGAGCAGCUGGCUGCGAUCAAGGAGUAUCUCAACAUGACCAGGGACGAACACAACGAAAUCCGGAAAGUCAGCACUCAAAAGGCUCAAUCAAUCGCUGCCACUAUUUUGGAGCGCUCUAACCCAAGCCUACUAACCUCACUCACCGAAGCCCAACACACACAGUGCUUGGAGUACCUCUCCGCAUUACUUGCAGCCCGAGACCGCGAUGAGAUCUCUAACGCGUUCUGCCGCCAGAACCCCGAUCUGUUUACCCAGGCCGUCAAGGAUGCCGUGUCAAGCUUCGAGUCCAUGAUCCGGGCCAUCCACCAGAAAGUCGAUCUCCGCGAGCACCUAUCGGCCGGAGAGGGAUUCAUAACUGCAUUCAUCAACGUCACCAGAGGUAAAAAGGGCUCCUCGGGCCUCCUGGGCUCGUUGACGCCGACCAAGAGCGAUGCGUCAGAGACUCACACCCCCUCGGUGGAAGACUACGUCGCCCUCCUCAGAAACAACCGCCAGCUUCUCUACAACUGGCUGCACCAAGUGGCCAGCCAAUGCCCCGAAAUCAGGGACGACUUUUGUGCCUGGGCCAAGGACACGAUCAAAGUGUUUCGGCAACCCAACAAUCCGGAAGUGUCUGGAGUCCCCAAGGUUUACAGCGAAAGCCACCGCCCCGGAGCCGCGGGUGCCUUGAGCGUCCCCCUACAGCAUCUCUUCGCCGCCCUUUCGCCCCCAACCCAGGCCCGCGUCCUCCCUGCUAUCGACGCCCACGCCGACUACCUCUCUCGCCUGGAAGCAGUAUCUCUAUCCCGCAUGCAACGCAUCCUUGACAAUAUGUCCACCAGCACCACCACUCUCAGCACCGAAACCUCCACAACCGCCACAACCCCCACCGACCCCUCAGCCACUUCCACAACCACACCAGAAACCACCACAACAACAACAGCUCCCACCUCCUACUUCUCCCCCUCCUACUGGUCCCGCUCCGGCCGCACCACCCCGCGCUCCCCCAGCCCGAACCCCAACAACAUCAAGCCACUCCCUCACGGUCCCUGCCCCCACCUCCUCGGCAGAAAGUAA